UAACCUAUUAAAAAUUAAAAUCUUUAAUCGAUAUUUUUUUAAUAUUUUUAAUUUUACAUUUUUCAUGAUAUAGUUGUAGUUCAUGUACAACCCAACCAUUGCAAAAAGUAGUAAACAAAACAGCAUUAGAGUUGCUAGAAGAGAGUUCCGAUGGGUUGCCAUAUUGGCGACAAACUCGGGGGCACACUAUUCUUCACUUUAUCCAAUCUUUUAAGUAUUUUUAUUUGCAAAUUUUGUAAUUCUUUGCACUGUAAGCAGAAAUGCUGAUGCAUAAACAUAUAUUUUGGCAAUUUAUUUUGGUUGUUUAAUACACAAAUGUGUAUUUAGAAACUCUCAUUCAAUGUUUUAAAAGCAUUGAUUUUCUAAAGGUUAAAUAUGAAACUAAAUUAGAUAUAUUUUUUUCAACGUACAAAGAAUAAAAAUUGAUAAAAUGUUUGAAAUUGAUUUCUAGAACAUAUGUUAAAUACCCAUUUUUGCCAAAUGGAUUCAGAUGCACAGAUUACACUUGCAGACAGAGCUGCUGUUGUUGUAGCAGCAGCGGUUUGGUAUCAUAAAAAUGCUGUGGAAAGGAUAAAAAAAUCUACUUCAUGUAAGAGAAGUUUUGAGCAGCGUUAUUGGAUGAAGACAAAGAUCAUAGUAAAUAAAAAUAUACAUUCUCUACCUUUACCUGCUUCCUGUAAACAACGAGUUGAAAGUUUCAUUGUUUUUGUUGGUGAAGGUAUUGAACAAUGGAUUCAAGAUCAUUAUUUUCUGACUAUCAAUAGUUCAGUAUUAUCUAGUCUACUUUCUUGGAAUCCAAAAGGUGUUAUUGAUUGCAUUGCUACUGCUAAAAAUAUUAUCUCUCAUGAAAAAAACUUGAUCAGUUGUUUCAGAAUAGCAUGUAUGUACUGUCUUGAAAAUUAUAUAUUUCAGUUGUGGGACUUGUUAGAACAACAAAAUCUUCCAUAUGAUACUGAUGCUAUGGAAUGCUUUGAAAUAAAAUUUUGGAUAUCAUAUAUAAAAGAUAACAUGGAUGAUUUAAUGGAUGAAAUCCAGUAUACUGGUAACAGAGAUACUUUGUUCUUUGCUUUUAAUAUGUCUGUGAAAAAUAACAAUGCAAUUUGGACUGAACACUUUUUGAAGAAAAUGAAAGAAGAUCAAAUGUGCACAGUGGCUUGCAGCAAACUGAAAUCCAUUCUUGAAAUGCCAUGUUCAUUUCAAGAAAACAUCAAGCAUAAAAUGAUUCCAUUACUUUCUCAGUAUGUAAGUAGUGAAAUGUUCAAUGGCUUAAUUGUUAGUCAUUCAGGUACUAUUUUGUAUUAUUAUUUACAAUUUUCUACAAUAGGUGAUUUUCUUAAAAUUGCUUAUAAAACCAGGGAUGUGCUUAUGCAUGAAGAUUUCUACUUAAUUAUAGAAAAAAUGGCCCAUAUUUUACAAGAGUAUGGUGGAAAUCAAAUCUUUGAAAAUGCUUUUGAACUCUUCUGGAAAAAUAGCCCUGAUCAUUGUAAAACAUACAUUAUUGAAAAAUGUAUAAAUUCGGGUUUUUUAAUUAAGUUAGGAGUACUGGAACACAGUAGUCCAAUUAUCAAAGCAAUUAUUCAAACUGCAGCAACUUCUCAGAGAAAAGAAAUGAUAUUUUCAUACGGUGGAAUUAUUUUUUUCGAUACUUUAAUGCAAAAGAAUAGAUGGGGGUGUUUUUCUAUGUCAAUUCAAGAAUUAGUUGGUUCACAUAAUAGAGAAAAUUGGAUAAAUAAACUGAUACACACAUACCGCCGCAUGUUGAAAAACUGUUCUUUUCCUUCGUAUACAUCUACAGAUUAUAAAAAAUUUAUCCAUGCUUUUGAAAUACAAAAACAUAAAAAAGGGCAUCUGAAGAAAUAAAUUUUAGUGCAUAAUAUACUUGUUUUUUUAUAUUUAAAUAAUAAAAAUUUAAUUUCAGUGGGGUCAAUUCAUGGUCGUGUAACAUCUAUACAACUCGCACAUAACGUUUCUUCAUAAUUCCUGAUUAUCUAUUCAUUACGGCUGUUUACAAUUUUCUAAUUGUAAGAUCAAUCAUAAGAUUACGACUCAAAUGAUGUGUCGUGCAAGACAUUUUCUAAUGAGAAUGUUACGAUAUGUGCAUUUUUUAUUUUUUCAUUGAUUUUGAAUUUUAAAUUAAAAAAUAAAUUUCUAUUUGUUAAGAUUUAAAGUUUUUGACUAGUGUGGUGAUUAUAUUAAAAAAGAACAAAUUUUAAAUUUUGGUUUUGAAGUGAUCAAAAAUUUAACUGGUUAAGAUUUUUUUUUAUUAUUAUUUAUUAAAAAAAUAGUAGUUUGAUUGAAUGAAAAAUGUUUCAAAAUAUUCUUUUAAUGACAGCUUAAAAAUGCAUUAAGUGAAAUCAGAUGAUGUAGUGCUGAAACCAUAAUAUUUUGGGGAUAAAAAAAAAUAGUAUUUUGCACAUUAAGUAAAGAUUUAUUUCAUAUCUACAAUAUGUUAUUGCUUAUAUUAUCAUCAGUUUUAAAGUUAGAGCCACUUUGUGCAUUAACUUUAAAAAUUAUCAUGCAUUGCAAAAAAAAAAAAAAAAAAAAAAAAGCAAUUUUGCAAUUUAAUUUAUAUUUUUCAUUACAGUUAUCAAUUAUUUGAUUGCAUAUUUCAAAAGAGGGUAAAAUAUAAAAUUUAAAAAAAGUGAAGAAUAUUUUUAAAAUAUUAGAGCUGGAGAACACUUUUGUAUACAUAAUUAUGAAACCUGAUAAGUAAGUAAAAAAUGAGAUAAUUAUUAAAAUCUAAUUAAUUUUUAUUCAUGCAAACAAUGUCUCUCAUAUAUUUUAUUUUGCAGUAUAAUGUAAUUUGUAAGUAUUUUACAGUAAAAAUUGAAAUAUAUAUAUAUAAUAUUGUAAUUUAAAUCAUGUUUAUUUGAACAAAUAUGAGCUAUUUUAAUGAUUAAUCAUUUUUAAUAUUUUUACAUGUUACAAAAAUAAUUAGCAGAGAUAUAUGACCAUAUUUCUAUAAAAUAAGGCACCUUUUCUACAAUCCAAGUAAUUAAUUAAAAAUUAUGUAUAUCUAGUAUUUAAAUUAAUAUAUUAUUAUUAUAUAUAUUAAUGCUACAUUAAGAAAACUCAUCAAUCAGUAUUUCAGUCAAGUUUUAGAACUGCAUUGUAUGCAAGCAAUCAGUUUAUUAAUAACACCAAUCAAUGAGCUUAUACUUUUUUUGCAAAAUGCAAAUACUUGUACAAUAAUUACUUACUAAAUACUUAUUAAACAAAUACUUGUAAAAGAUGAUGACUGUGGGUCUGCACAGCUUCGACUCCCAGGAUCCUUAAGGAUGUUUUUCACCACUGGGUUUUUCUGGCUUAUUUUAUCAGUCCCAUUAGGAGGGUUGUGGUGAUUUGGCUAAUCGAUUGUAUGUAUAGAGGAAAGCCAUCCUUUAUACUGUACAAGACCUCAUUCUUGUCCAGGUAAACAAUUAUUGUUACAAUAGGCAAAAUCUCUGAUAAUUUAUUUUAACCAUAUAUAUGUGAAAAUUUAACAUUGUAAUGUCAAAAGACUUGAAUAUAUAUAUUUAUCAAAACAUGUAAAUUUAAUUGCUUAUCAUUUUUUUUUUUUUUACAAUUUUUUAGCAAAAUGAAACUUAGUUAAAAUAAAAACUCUAUAUAACUCUAGAUAGA